GAAAGAGUCUUGAUGUGUAAACAUGUCGGGAAACGAGAAGCUGACUCCGGUUCAACUGAACGCGAUUUAUUUAGAGAGAAUAGGAAAAGAGCAGCGACACCAGAGGCUUCACACCGAGUUCAGCAUCAACCCUCACAAGAGACUUCAUGUCCUGACAGACAAACCCAUGUCCAAGAAACCAACGGAGCUGAUUGAGGAGAAUUCUGCCUUCAUCGAGGCCUUCCACAAGGCUCGUCUGGAACCCACCAAGAAGUAUUCGAUGCCCCUGACUGAGAGUCAGGAGAUAGGAUGGGUGUCAGACCCACUGAUUCCAUCCAACUGCCAAGACGAGAGAUUUAACUUCCACCGAGCGAGCACCGACGUCACCAAACACACAGAAAGUGCCCUGAGGAAAUCCAAUUAAACCAUCAGGCUGCAGAUCUCCACGAAGUGAACACACGUGUUCAUAUGUAUUAGUGUAUAACACAAAACACGAAGGUGUCAGCAGCAGAACUUUACAUUUCCAUCUCUGCAAACUAAGGAAAAACACCAGCACAGGACUACACAAAGCUAACGCAGCCACCACAUGCUAAUCAUGUUAAUGAAUGGGAAAGGGCAACGCUGACGGCUGCUCAAUAUCAGAAAAUGUCACGUCACACGAGGGAGAAUCGAUGAGUCAAGUUGUUGGAAAUAAACAAAAUCCUCCAAACUCUGAACAGCAAACAGACAAAGUGAAGUAACGACUGGUGAAAACACUUUGGAGCAACAGAGUGAAGCCGUUUUCAGACACAACUCAGAAAAAUGUCCAGAAAACAUGUUCUGAAGCUGUUCUGGAGUUUGUCUUUCAGAUUUCAAGAACGUAGCAGGAGACUUGUGGUGAACACGUCUGACUCAAGAAAGAGGAAAAGGUCGAGAGCGUUUAGACAAGAGGUGACGUCUGGGAGGAGUCUGCAGGAGGCGGGACGUGACAAACUCUCCUGAGGAAAUCACAUUUUUGUUCACAAUGGCGACUGCUCUAAACUUCAAAAGCUCCUGAAUGUUGUUUUUAUUAACCCUGGUGGAAAUCUCUCUGUAUUUGUGAUCCUGCGAUAUUUGUAUUACGUUUUACAGUUUUUCAUCUGUCAUGUGUUAAAAUACACAAACAACACGC